CUUUGGUUCCUCCUACCCAGCAGUCUUUGGGGGAAGUUGGGUGAGCCCAUUUCUAGGGCGCGGGUGAACCGAGCUUGGCCCCUUCGGCGGUGGGCGGAGCCUGGGCCCGGGAGAGCUAUACUGGGUCCUGGAACACCCAGCCUGGAGGGAAGGGUUGGUCCGUCUGCUAUCCGCUAUGCCGCUGCCUGUUGCACUGCAGACCCGACUGGCCAAGAGAGGCAUCCUUAAACAUCUGGAGCCUGAACCAGAGGAAGAGAUCAUUGCUGAGGACUACGAUGAUGAUCCUGUGGAUUAUGAGGCCACCCGCUUGGAGGGUCUGCCACCAAGCUGGUACAAGGUGUUUGACCCUUCCUGUGGGCUCCCUUACUACUGGAACGUGGACACAGACCUUGUGUCCUGGCUCUCCCCACAUGACCCCAACUCGGUCGUUACCAAAUCUGCCAAGAAGCUCAGGAGCACUAACGCAGACACUGAGGAGAAGUUGGAUCGGGGCCACGAAAAACCAGAGCGGGGCCACGAAAAACCAGAGCGGGGCCACGAAAAACCAGAGCGGGGCCACGAAAAACCAGAGCGGGGCCACGAGAAGUCUGACAGAGAUCGAGAGCGUGGUUAUGACAAGGUGGAAAGAGAGAGAGAACGCGACAGGGAUCGGGAUCGUGACCGCGGGUAUGACAAAGUAGACCGGGAAGAGAGCAAAGAACGGCGCCAUCAUCGCCGAGAGGAGCUGGCUCCCUACCCCAAGAGCAAGAAAGUGGCGAGCCGGAAGGAUGAAGAGUUAGACCCCAUGGACCCCAGCUCAUACUCGGAUGCACCUCGGGGCACGUGGUCAACAGGACUCCCCAAGCGGAAUGAGGCCAAGACGGGUGCAGACACGACAGCAGCUGGGCCCCUCUUCCAGCAGCGCCCCUACCCGUCACCAGGGGCUGUGCUCCGGGCCAAUGCUGAGGCCUCCCGAACCAAGCAGCAGGACUGAGCCUCCCCGCCACCCUACCACCCCGGGGAUUUUUAAUAAAGGCUUUUCAAUGGAUUGUGA